CUCCACUAAAUUACUAAGAAUAAUUAUUAAUAUCUCCGAAUAUUCAAUAAAAAAAUAAGUUCAAAGAAUAUUUCUAAUUUGAUGAAGAGUGGAAGGUUCGUAGCAUGGCGUUACGAGGUUGCGUCGACUUGGUGGGGGUAGCGAGCGGCGCAUGCGCAAUGGGGAACGGGUGGCCAGCUGUGCACAAACGUGAAAUGCGGCGCGGCUGGCGGUGGUGGCUGCUAGGAAAGCAAGCGAGCGAACAAGCGAGCAAGCGAGCAAGCAAGCAGGCCGAGACUGCCCUCCUGUCUCCCCCACCCCAAGCAUGCCUCGCAGAGCCCAUGGCCUCCGUAUACACGGAGGAGAGUGAGGCAGCCCCAGCCGCUCCUCACGUCAUCCGCUGAGAGAGAGACGACGGGUCUCGACACGGCGAGGAGCAAUAAUUCUAACGAGCCAAGAUGGCGGCGGACACGGUGGCCCUGUCCGCGCUCACGCUCGCCAGGGGCGACAAGAUCCUCGUGACCGUCGAGUCCGCGCUACCGGACAUCAUCGUCGUGUCCUUCGUUCACGGUGCCAAGUGCUUCCAGGGCGCCUUGCUCGACGCCACCAAGAGAGGCCUACCGUGUGGCGUGCAACCCCCGGAACCUGUACCGGACCCGGAUGGCGACAAAUUGGCAACGAUAGCGGCUCGAUUCAGCUACUUUCAAGAGAGAAAGAACUCGCUGACUACCGCGAAAGUCGAUCUUCGUAGGAACAUCAAUCCGCCGGCCAGGUACAAGAAUGCACGGCCAACGGUCAGGCUCAGGCCACGCCAGGUGCUCUGUAGCAAGUGUAGAUCGAUCUGCAACGAGAACAGCGAGAACGUGGACGUCAGCAGAAAACGGAAGCACGACGAGAUUCAGCAGGAGCAGCAUCAGCCGCAGCAACAGCAGGUCACGGGCCAUGGAUCCACUCGAAGAAGCGAUCGACGUUGUGGUCAGCAGCCGCAAAAAGCCUCGAGAAUACUGUUCUCCGAGUGUCAGUCCGAGAACAUCACGGUGUCAUCUCAUCAAACAGCGAAGUCCUCGUCGUCUACAGCACUCAGCCCCGAUUCGUCGAAGCUUGGAUCGUCUCUCAUCCCAAAAAUUUCGAGACUUCAACCAAACGAAAUCAACAAUACCAUGCAAGCGAAUGAAAAGGUGAAGAUUGGCCCAUCGUACUGGAACAAUCGAGCCGAGGAGGGCGACUCAUCGGCGAACGCGAUGGAGCCAACAGAGGAACGCAUGGAAUCGACGGAUUGUGAUAGCAAUCCAUCAAUGGCGUAUUGUGCCACACCCAGAAGACUUAGCAGCUCCUCCGUGGAAAGUGCAAAAAUACCAGAAGAAGAGGAGAAAAAAACGUUCGCGGCCGCGGACUCGACAAUGAGGCCAAGAACGGGUCGCGUGCCGCGAAAGAAGCGAUCCGUCGGAUCUAUGGAGGAUCUAUGGGACGAGACGGUGUUCGAAGAUCCGACAAGGACAGCUAGAACCACACCGGUGAUUAAGAUCUCUUUCGGCGCUCAGGGUGAAGGGACUGUCUUGAAAAUACCAUCCAAGAUUCAAGAUCCGGAGUACGAGCAGGAAACUGAUGAAGCCGAGGAAGUACAGACAGAAACGGAGAGAGAUCCGUUGGAAUUGCCCAGGAAUUUUGAUAACGAUUAUGAUUAUCGUGAGGAUGGAGAGGAAGAUGGACAGGAGCAGGUAGACCCUCAGAAACAGGGUGUGAAGGACGCCAGUGCUAAGGCUGCGAAGCGUGCACUGAAGAAAGCUAAGAAAGAGGCCAGGAGGAAAAUGCUCGGCGGAGUUUCGCCUGCGAGAUCUCCUUGCAAUGGAUCUCCACGUUACAAUCCCACGUACGACACAUUAUCGUAUCACCGUCGCAAGCAUAAAGUGAAGCAUAAAAAGAAGCACAAGGAAGACCGUAAACACAAGAGCCAACAGUCGCAGCAUCAGCAGCCUUGUUUGGAAUCCGGAAGUACCGAGAAUCAGCAGAAUUGGAACGUCCUUCCGGGCAGCGAAUCGUACACAGCCAUAAAGGAGCAGUGCCUGAAGCAAAAACUAUCCAUAUCUCUGAAGAGAUUGAAUACAAACGCUUACGCUAGAUGUGAUUAUCCUGUGAGUAACUCUUCGUUGGGUUGCAAAAGUCCUGGUGCAAGCAGUGAUGAACUAAGUGAACAGGAACCUGAAGUCGACGCCGGCGAAACUGCUCCGGACUUUCCACCGCAGUCUCAUCCUUUGAUGAUGCGUCUUGCUGCGACGCCUGUCGAACAUUGCCUCACUGCUAACGGUAGAAGAAUGGACGUUGGUGACGUGGUGUGGGGAAAGAUUCAUGGAUUUCCUUGGUGGCCUGGAAAAGUUCUCAGCAUCACAGUUUCUUGUAAAGAGGAUGGUACGUCGUCCGGACCGCAAGCUCACGUCGCCUGGUACGGUUCUUCGACAAGUUCUCUAAUGUCGUGCGACCAGUUGAGCCCAUUUUUAGAAACGUUCAAGACGCGGUACAAUAAGAAGAAACGAGGUCCGUACAAGGAGGCGAUACGACAGGCACAGAACGAAGCCCGAAGUCAAAUCACGCCUAACUCGACGAGUAGCGUUUUAAACGUGUGUAGCUCACCGCGCGAGGUCAACGUUCUCUCCUAAGGGAAGGUGCACGGCGUUCGACACCAUUCCUUUAACUGCCGGGUAUCCGUCGUCGGAGAUUCGUUCUAACGGCGGAUCGAAAUCGUCAUGUAAUAUAUAAAGCAAAUUUUUGUACAUAAUUGACCUUAGCAUUAAUGGAAUAGCUCUUGAUCGAUGUUUUAAUUCAGUUGAGUCGCGCUUGCUGUCGUCGUCCACGUUAAAUAUGGUUAAAUUAACGGCGACACCAACGCUGAAUGAAGUUUACUGCCACCACUGGCUCGUUCUUUUUAUUCUCAGCUUUUUUCGAGCAAACAUUUAGCGUGUAAAAAGUAUUUAGGUAGGAUAUAAUCUCUAGAGAUGACACGUCAGCUCUCGAGGAAUAAUUUCGUACUAUGAUAAAGGAAUAUGUCUAUGACUUCUAUUUGAUAGUUAGAUACACCAUAUACGUUAAAAUCACACGGGUGUCAUCACUGUACACUAAAUGUCUUAUUGACUACUAAAUCAUUAUUUAGCGAUGCUCGUUUACUUGAAUUCUUUAUAUAUGCAUAUACAUAAUAUAUAUAUAUAUAUACAUACAUAUAUAUACACAUACGCGUAUAUAUCUGUAUUAAUAAUUUUAUUGUGAUCUUUGUGUCAAGAACAUGUGUGUAGCAUAUAUCCAGUGCGGGCAGUGAAUCUUCGAUACGACCUGUAGACGUUCCUAGGAUCGUUUACGACUCUAUUCGUCGCUUCUUUAUAAUUAACAUAUUUGAGAAUAUGGACAAUACGUUUUCGACAAAUCGCAAAUACAUUCAUGACACUUUAAUUACUGUUUAGCGAGAAAGAAUCGCUGAAUGUUUAAAAAGCUUUAACCAAGAAUGCUAUAACGUUUAAUCUCGUAAAACGAUAUAUAUUUUACGUACUAAGAGAGUAACGGACAACCGAAAUUUUCUGUAGCGCUGCAUUCCUUGCAUUCUUUAUUAUCUAAAAUCAACUUUCCUUGAAAGUUUCGUUUACGCUUCGUACCAACACUGCCAAGGAUUGACAUUCGUUUCAGUCUUCUUUCGUCGACGAUAAUCCUUGACGAGUCGACAGUUGUGAAUUCCAAAUGUCCAAUGCUUCACAACCGGUCGAUUAUCCAAAUUUCCACUUUUAUCAAUAUUUACAGUAUCCAAUUUUAUCUUGGCGAUAAAAGAAUGAUAAAAGCGUGUCUGAGUCUACUACAAACAUUUUCUUCUUUCUCUCGAAUUUCUUCCAUCCUUCUUAUCUCUCAAACUCGAUGUCUCAUUAUUAGAAUGUUCGGUUAUUUUACAUUCAUCGAGCCAUUUUUUUCAGAAAUAUUUCACCGCGUAUUCGUAAAUUUUCCUGAUUAAUUUCUCGACAAAUCCAUGCUCUAUAUUUUCUCUUUACGAGACAUUAUAUUUAGGGCCGGCGUGACCUUUUGCGGAACCUGAAUACACAUACAAAUCCUACAUUUAAAUUUUACAACGAAGAAUUAUUUAUUUACAAAUGCUGUUACAUAUUAUAUAUUUUUUAUAAACAGCUUUUUAAACAAAUCCAAGUAAUAUUUGUUCGCAUCUAUAAUUCACUUUCAAGGGCAAAAGUUCAAUGAAAGUACAAAAUCUGUAAUCGUGUACGACUUUUGCAAAAAAAUAUUGAUGUAAUUUAAUUUCUAUAAAAGGUACAUUUCCCCAAAAACGCCUGGAUUUUUUUUAUCUAAAGUAGUUUCCAGGAUAUGAGGACUUUAUGGAGUUACACCGAACUUUGAUGAUUUUUGUCACUCCUUUAAACCGAAUCCUCGUUACUAAAAAGAUAUCUUGUAUCUAUUAAUGGUAUUAUCGUUCUGUAAAAAGUUAAUCAAAAUCGGUAUUUUUUAAUUGGGUAAUUUUGGGGCCGGGUUCCUUGCGCUGGCCCUGAUCAUAUUCCUAUGUCUGAACGAACAGAAGUGGAAAUGAGAAUGAAGGGAAAAUUCGAUCGACUUCGUUGUAAAAUAUUUCCCCGGGGAAUACGCGUGAUUUGAAUAGCAGGGAAUAAAAUAAGGGAGACGAGAGGAUCGUUACGCGACGAACACGUUAAUAUCACGAUAUCGAAUCUUUCGAUAUCGUGCAGUCACGUGCGAGUCAGCUGGAUGUUUGCUCUGUGCUUUAAGAGAGAUCUUCGUCAAAUCUCCAGACCGUCGUUGGACAGACGUUCUCAUCUCCAUCUCUUCUUCCUUUUUUAUUUUCGUUCCAAGUUUCUUAUCUUUUCGGUCGUCGUUCGAUCUUCGAAUAAAAAUGAUCUUCAAGCUCGAUCCUUUCGAGAACUGUCUAAUGAAUCCACGAUCUUUUCAUUUUCGUCGAAUCUAAGUACCUUCCUUUCACUUAUAGCAAGUCCCAUAACUAUUCAAAGACAUUGUUUCAAGAGAAACGAACUUUCUCCGUAUGUUCGCGUUCGCCUUCUGACUUUUUCUCAUAAAUCCUCGAUUCUCGUCGCCGAUACGAAGACAUUUGUACAAAUAUCGCGUUUUAUCUCGUUUUAUAGGAAAAAUUCACGAAAUGGAUUCGAUGAAAUAUUCAGUGAAAGUAUGGAUCGUAAUUUCCGGCGCUUUGUAAAAGCAACAUCACGCGCUUGGAAAAAUUUCUGUCGAGGGAAGAUAGUAAUUAAAAAAGAGAAGGUACACAAUUCGUUUCAGUGAUAACAUUGAACGUAGAGGUAGAUUUUUGUUGGUCGAUAAGCAAGCUUCUGAUACGAUCGUAGUUCGCGAGUAGACGAUUAAUGGUUGUUUGAUUUCUCGAUUAUCACCGACCAAUUCUUCCGCAGAAAGCGAAGUAUAACCCGAGAUUCGAGUUGAAUUGACCUGGCGAUAGUCGGUAUAACAAUAACAAAUAAUAAUAUAAAUUUUUAUAUCGUCAUUUUUUAAGCGGAAUAGGGGCGCUAGUUUAGAGCUCUUCUUUUAAAUUAUUAUUUAAAAUUUUUAUAUUUUCAUACGUGGCGUAUCCAAAUAUAUUUUAUGGCAAAUCUCCUUAUGUAGCAAAGUAUCCAACGCUGUUACGUUACAUUGUUUCUCGUGUCCGGUCGUAGCGCGUAAACAAUAUCUUUUUAAAAGAAUAAAUUGUUCGAUUGAAAAAGUGAUUGGAUUGUAACAUAUGAGACAUUUGUCGGCUACUUGGUUUUUGUUUUGUUUGUCUGUUUUGAUGAACAUUUUGUCAAACAAAGUGUUCAUCGUUUGAGUGAAACAAUUAAUUAUAAAUAAUUACAAUGCUUCGUGUUCUACUUACGAAAGACUUGUUUAUGAAGUGUUCAUGAAGGACUAACGUAAGGUUAGAUAGUCUUCGAUUAUACGAAUCUUUCUCGAAACCUAUAUAUUUGUCAGCAGGAAAGUCAGUUUCCUUAAAAAGAAUCGUUCAAACGAGGGAAGGAAAGAAAAACUAAAGUAGGACCGCUUGAUUUUAUUUUCAAAAGCGUUGUCAUAUAUUUUAUCGUUUAAUUGAACUUGAAAUUAUCUAUUUUUCGCACGUUGUUGAUUUUUGUAUAGGCUAUAAAUUCCACGAAUCGAAUUUUGCUAUUUAUUACUAUUCCAUUUCUGCUACAAUAUCGUUCCUUAGCGAGUUAAUACAAGGAGAAAGAUACGAGUAACGAGUUAAUUCCACUCUAAUAUUUUCCCUAUAGCUUCGCAUCUAAUGCUCGAGCAAUUAUUACUCUCUUAAUAUUCCCAUAAAUAAACAUUUCAUGUGUUACAACCCAAUUGAGAAAAGAAACUAAAUAAUAGAAAAGAAAAAGAGAUACGAUAAUUUUCCAUUACGAGCAUCGACUAAUUUCGUAAUCGCCGAUAUAUGUAUAACCCCCCCCCCUUUUUUUUUUUAUUUUAUUUUAUUUUGGUUAUUUUACAAUUUGUCCUUGCGGACAUUUGGUAAAGUGUUAUAUCUUGUUGGUGAAGAAAAAAAAAAAUAUAAAUAAAAAAUAAUAUAGCAUGUGGGCGGCUACCCCCAGCGGGGUGCCAGCUUCGUUUUUUUCUAAGUUAUAUCUUUUAUGAUAUAACACACGUGAGGGAUAUUUAAGCGUCCAGGAAGAAGAUAUUGACUUUAACCCUCUAUAACUGGAUUUAUCCUCGAUCUAUCCGGCUAAUUACAGAUUUGUAUUCGAAUAAGGUCGAGAAGAGAAAUGAUCGAUUUCUUUCGAAACUUUUAUGUAUAUUCGUCAAGCGAUAGAAAAAUUAAAACAUUGAUAUGUUUCGUUUUGUAAAACAGGAAAAAAAAAAAAGAAAGAUAAAGUAAAUAAGAGCCGUAAAAAAAUAACCUGUUAUUAGGGAGGGUUAAUUUACGUGAAAGAUCUUUUGUAUCGAUAGAAACAGCAAAGGACUAAAGUAAGGAAGAAAUAUUAGACGUACGUGAAUAAUACAUUCGUGAAAAUUAGCCGUUAAAACGUUGAUCGUGCUUGUUAACGAGGUUUAAAGAGGUAGUUGCGUGCACGGAUGAGAAAGAGAAAGAGGAAUGAUCGAAGAGUAACGAACGUUCGGCCGGAUAAAAACUAAAUAGAUAAGUAAUAGGCGAAUGUAAAAUAUGUGUGAAUGUGUUUAAGCGUGAAUGAAUGGCAGGGAAAGGGAUAACAAAGCGAGAAGCCAAGAUGUUUUUAAGUAACUGUGAUUUUUCAGAUGUAUAUUAUACAUAAAUAAUGACGAAUUAAUUUCUACGUGUAUUAUAAUGCAAAACGACGAGUGCUAAAUACGAUGACGUAUCGAUGUGUCGCUUGUGUCCGUACGAACGUUGUAGAAUAUUAUUUCGACUAACACAUAUCGGGUAGAGAAACGUUUGGCGGCGAAAUAAAUUACCGCUAUUAAUUAAUCGUCAUCGAUUCAUCGUUAUUCGAUUCGUAAUUAAUUAAUCGAACAUUAUCAUUACGAAUAUAGGUAUGCGCGAGUCGUGGUACGUUGCCUAAAAAAAUCUUUACGUAUAUACAAUACUUAUACAUACACUGGACACGUUCACAUUUACAUAGAGUUCGAUUGUUAAUUGCUUGCAUAAUUGUAUAAGAGAGCCACGUGUCAUCUAUGUAAUAUCAUUGUAUUCAGUAAUACACACGUAUACACACGUACACGCAGACACGAGUACACACACCGUAGAUUUAUUCUAUACUUUUCGUCGCCUCCCGGUCGAAAGAAUCGCUGUUCGCUAUUUUGCGAAUUCCUCUACUUUACUUCUUCUUUCCUUCCCUUUUUUUCCCCUUCUUUUUAUUCCCCCUCCUUUUCUUUUUUCUUGCAAUCAACCCUUCACGAACUGUUCCUAAAGAAAACGCCACUGUACCACGCUGAACCUAUCGUUGAGCAGAAAAUAAACUGCGUAUAUAAGUACGCGUGCAAAGCGAAAACGCAUCGUCUUUCGAUUCUCGACGAUGCUUUCCCUCUCGAUUUCUGAGCUAAGCGAUUAGCUCUGGAUUAGGUACUUAAAUAAUCGACAAUAGGAGAUAAUGUUAUCGUCGUUCAAUCCUCGGAGCAUAAAAAUAAAGUCUCUAUCUAUUUAUUUUUAUCGUUAAUCGUUUCUAAUGGGAAAACAGUGUCUCGUGAAUUUUCUUUUAAGCUAAUACACAGAGCCUUCUGUAAUUGUGCGAGGCUCGAUCCUAUACUCGUGCGUCUAUAUAUUCCUUAAAUUUCAUUUUGUUUCUUUAGCACUAUGCUGUUAUUCUCUGUUACGAGAAUCGCAUUCGCGAAGAAUGCGCAUAAUAUUAGCGGAAGAAGUAACUUUCUAAUUAGGCUUCUUCCCUUUAGUAGUGUUUAAAAAACACACACACUUAUCUAGCGAUAGACAAACUAAAAAUCAGGUAAACUAGCUAAUUACCUUACCUACACCUUCGAUUAGCUAAAAACCUAGUAUAUGUACAUUGUAAAACUCACGAAGAAGUUAUUUUCUAAAGUAAAAUAUUCUCAAAGAUAUUUCAUAGGAUUUAUAAUUCUAGAAAAAAUAAAAAAAAAAGAAAGGAAUCUCUAUUUAGAAUUUUGUCCUCGAUUCUCGGAAGAAUGUGAAAGGCGUAGAGUUUGAAGAAUUUCUAAAGCUCCAAGGGUUGGACGUCGAGUAAGAGACGUGUACUAAUUGUCGCUAUUGUUUUAAAUAGCGGCAGCUUGAUUUGCAUAUAGCCUAGUUGACCGCACAGCGAAUCGAUCCCGGUCCUACGUUUUCCUCGCGAUUUUCCGCUGCUCGACGUAGGUGCGGCCCUAUCCUGAGAAAAACAAGUGUUCAUUUUUCGACGAAAAUCCACUAUGUGGAGAACGAACCGCGUACGCGCAUGCGUGCAAGCGUAUGUUUUAAAAGCGCGCGCGCGCGCGCGUAGAGGCGAAUGAUGAAUUUUCGGGGGGUCCCCGAAAAGAGGACGAAAAAGAAAAAAAGAAAAGAAAUAAGUAUGUUUCUAAACGAUAUUACACGAUUAGUCGAGGGAAAUAGAUCCGUAUAAGUACAAAUAAACGAGCCUGAAUGAAUAUUUCGAUAGAGGGCAACCCUGUUUUCCUUUUUAUAACGAAAAAUACGAGGAACCAUUUAUAAAUAGUUUUUUUGAAUAAAACGCGGUUAAUAUAAAUAAAUAUUCUAACAAUGAUUCAAAGUCUUUUUAUGCUCUUUCGUUGCUGUAGCGAUGUAGAAGCGAGAUUUUUUAUCAUACGAUUUAUUUUUGUCGAUAAACUAGUAUAAUUGUUAAGACAGAAUGGAAAGGAGUCGAAUUUUCUCUAUACGAUAUAUGUAUAUUUAGAAGAAAGAUCAAAGUUGAGCUUCAGGUGGCAAUUGUGUUCAAAAUGUCAGAUUUAAGUGGAAUUCUUUGUCAUAGCUUGUAUCUUGAUAGUAAGUGUGUAGUAUGCAUAUGAGGAAAGAGGUAUAACAUGCGGAAAGCUAAUUGUAAGUUUCUUUCGAGAUCAUUUUUCGAGAUAGUGGAUAUAUUCGUUGAAACAAUACCAUGUAAUAAUCCACGAAAAUCAAAUUUUCACGCCAUAUUCUCGUUUGCGUCGUAGGGAUUUUGGUGCAAUAAGUAAAAAGAUGAGAAUAAAUGAAAAGAAAAGAAUCCUCUAUUUACUGUAUUUUUAAAUCGGCAUGAUUACGUUUCCUUAAGUGUUUUGUCGUAAAUAAAAUUGGGUGAGAUAUUCUGAAUUCUAUUCUUAAUAUAUAAAUCGGAUACACGAAGAUGGAUGAUUAAUAAAAAUUUCACUGUAUCAAACGCACAAUACUUAUUCCAUUCCAAAAAUUCGAUUCCUUUCUGCGUAUUGUAAAAUCGAAACGAGCCUGCACGUUGUAAAGCCAAGAAACGGCAGAAGGAGAAGCAAAUGUCCCUUUUAAAAGCUUUAGAAGCCAGAAAGCUCGCCUAAGUCGACCCACGGAUACGCAUUCGCCGCUGCCGAACCUAGAACUUCCGGUCACGACGUUAAGAAGUGGCCGAACCGAGACGAAUCGUUAUACCGCGUGCUGGACCUGUGUAUUUUUUUAAAUAAAAACCAGAAAAACCA